CCGCGCAUUGUACACUGGGAGCUGAAGUACCGUGCACAUGGCCUACCCCGUGAAGCACCCACAGCCGAGUGGUACAGCCUGCGAGUGGAACAGCCGGUUGUGAGGUGGAAGCGAACGGGACGGGCCUGCAUUCUGAGCGGCAGCCAAGGAAGGGCUACCGCUGCAGGGUGUCCACUUAAACUAGCUGCUAUCGGCCUGUAGCGGAAGGUGCACCACGUGAGUGUGCGGCACGGCAAGUUGCGAAAAGCAACGCGGUGGUCGAGUCCCGGUUUGACAACCUGAGGGGGAGAGGUUUGGAAUUAAACUUUUAUUUUCCAAAUCAACUGAUCUGCUCCUAGUUCCGACAGUAGCAAGAUUUGAAUUGAAAUGUCUUUUCGUGGGGGUAGAGGCGGUGGAAGAGGUGGUGGCUUUGGUGGAGGAAGAGGACGUGGCGGUGGUGGUGGGUACCGAGGAGGUGGGCGAGGAAGCUUCAAUAGAACAUUUGAUCAGGGGCCACCUGAGAGAGUAGUAGAACUGGGACAUUUCAUGCAUCCGUGUGAAGACGACAUUAUUUGCAAGUGCACCUCAGAAGAAAAUAAAGUCCCUUAUUUCAAUGCGCCAGUGUACUUGGAAAACAAAGAACAAAUCGGCAAAGUUGAUGAAAUAUUCGGACAGCUUAGAAAUUUUUAUUUUUCAGUUAAAUUAUCAGAGAACAUGAGUGCCAGUUCCUUUAAGCGACCGCAGAAGUUUUACAUUGAUCCAGCAAAACUACUCCCGCUUCAGCGAUUUUUGCCACGACCACCUGGUGCAAGAGGUCAGGCGAGGGGAGCUCGUGGUGGAGGGCGAGGUGGACGCGGUUUCCGAGGUGGUGGUGGUGGCGGCGGCGGCAGCAGAGGUGGUUCUUUCAGAGGAGGCAGAGGUGGAGGUUUCAGAGGAGGCAGAGGAGGCGGAAGAGGACGUGGCUUUAGAGGUCGUGGAGGAAGGUGAAGGUGGAUAUUUAAGAUUCUGGCAGCAAGCACCCCGCAACUUCCAAACAUAUUCUUUGUUCUUUGUGCAAGUCAUGUGUUUGCAUUUAUGGACUGUACCAAACUGAAGUAUAUUUUAAGACCAGCAUCAAUUUUUGUAUUUGCAUAGUACUAAUUAAUUUGGAUGUAUUUGAUGGUCCUUUGUAUGUAAUUUCUAUUCUAGUUCAACAAGUUCUGAACCUGUUUGUGUGUAAAAAAAAAAGUACAAAUGUAGUCAAUGGUUUGAAUUAAAUUUUAUAAUGUUCUACAGGUAUAAAAGUACUUGAUUUACAAAGUAUCAUGAUAUUGGUUCAGCAAAAUUUGUUUUAAAAUAAAUGUUACUACCAGGAUUUUUGUGUAGAUUUUUCCUCGAGGAGUGAACUGACUGAGACCAUGUUCAAAGUAAUUCCAGCAUGCAAAUAAUCAUUGGUACAGCACUUGUGUAAAGUAACAGUUCGUCUGGUGAAGCUGCCUCCUCAUAACUCUUAACAACUUUGACUCAGUUCUGGCAUCCAUUGCUGUCUUUGUGGAGUUUUCCCUGGGGUACUCUGGUUUCCUCCUAUUCCAGACCCAUGCAGUUUGGCAGGUUAUGUUGCCAGUGUAAAUUGCCCUUAAUUGUGUUGGUUAGUGGCCGAAUUUGGGAUAUCACGAGAAUAGGAUGCAUUGAAAGCAGUUGAAGGUAUUGCUCUGAGCUAGCACAUAUGUAAUGGGCUGACUGCCUCCUUCACUGUAAAUGCUAUGUGAUAGAUAGGUUCACCCUGCCAUUGGUCGGUGAAUUUUCAACUGUUUUAAUCCAGGGGAACAGGGAGAAUCUCUGACACCAUACUGAUAGUUCAGGAUCUUUUCAAAAUGAAUUUUCAGCCACCCAAGUGGAAAUCUUACAAAAUGUGUUCUGGAAAAAAAAAAUUGCAUAUUGGCAUUGCAAUUGGUCCCAAAUUUAAAAUUUCUCUCAAUGCUGUGAAUGGAUUUAAAUGACCAAAGAAGAAUUUGCUUUUUCUGAUUGGCAGGAGCUAUGCCUGGAUGAUUUUCAAUAGCCUUUGAAUUUAGGCGAAAUCAGAAUAUCUCUCCUUGUAAUGGUUAAUCAAUUUUAAAAUUUAGGUAGUUGAUGGAGAUUUAAAACAAAACUAGAACCAGAAGUGACUUUGUUUUCCACUGAUACACUCUUGUAAUUCCUUGCUCUCCUGGAUGAGUUUCAAUCCCCAUUUAAUUUUCUACAUCUUUGCUUUGAAGUCCAAAGUCCAAUAAACUUUGGGUAUUAUGCCUGAGACAGAAAGCUGCUUACCCUAUUGGGCAAGUUCUUUGGCAGCUAGAUGUGUAUCAUUACCCUUUAGGCCUCUAAAUUAGUUGAACAUCAUUGGCAGAAAUUAAGUUUAAAAAAAACAUUCUAUGAAAGUCAACAAGAAUAUAAGUAGCCUUAUGCUACGCAAUAGUAAGCCGAUAUUCCUGCCAACUAGGAGCAAAAUACAAUUCUUAAAGUAUUUGUAAAUUUUUGUCCUUUUUUCCUGUAUUCUUUUGUGAAAGACUAAUUAAUCCAAUGUUUCUUGGGAAUUGAUCCAGGUCCUUCUCGCUUCCUAUUUCGAUGAACAAAGGCUUUUGACCCACGAAAGUAUUAGCGGGAUUUUCUGGAUCUUGAAUAAAUGACAUUCCAAAUUAAAUUGUAGGUUUGGGUGGCAUAUGACUAAAUCACGUGGUAACUGUUCCUUUAAGAUGGAAUUACUUUGAUUUACAGCCUGCAGCUGCUGUAAAUUGAAACUCCAAAGUUUUUGUUGAUUAUGCUAUAGUUACUAAUAAUGAAUAACUUAAAUUCCAACAAUAUGUGAAAAUGUCUUUAACUUAGUUUAUUUUUGAUAUUAAUGCACCAGUAGAGAGGAACAGUAAGGUAUGCCAAAUUCAUAUUCUUUUCAAAAAUGAAAAUAUAUUUUGGUCAAUAAUAUAUUGACCAUAUUUCUGGUCAAAUACUCUUCAUUGGGUUUUGUGAUCGUGGCCAAUUCUGCAAAAGCUAAUGUUGCAAAUGAGCAGCAUUAUUAUUUGCUGGAUAAUUUGCAGUUUUGUACCUUUUUCUACCCUGAUGUAAGGUUCUCUGUUAGCUUGAGCCAUCAUCAUGUGGAGCUUGGAGGUGGGUUCACAUCUAAUAAACUACU